UCUCUGUGGGUCUCUCUCUCUAUAUAUAGAGAACAUUGGUGGUGGGGAGUGAGUGAGCUCCAUUGGGCACAGUGCACACCAACAACCUCCACUCUAGAACGAGAUCACAGCUUUCGCUCUGCUGUUCUUGUCUCUCUCUCUACACAUCUCGCUUUCAAAGUGUCUUUCAUCGAAGCUAAUCAAUUCUUCAACUCACUCGGUAUCACUCUUCAAAAACACGCUUUGAAAGCCAUACAUUUCCAGCUAAUUCAUUGAGCUUUUGAGAAGACUCAGAGUAAUGAGAGAAGUUAGCAUUUGAAUCUGGUAGUGAUUUGAGGUGAGAGAGAGAGAGAGAGAAAUGACCAACGACGGUGCGAUUCAUUCUUCUACUGCGGCACCGUACAAUUUGGCGGAGAUCUGGCCGUUUCCGAUCAAUGGCGGUGAGUCUGGCGGCGGCGGUUUGGACUUGAGGAGGGUGCAGUUCGGGCAAGGGUUAGGUCAAUUUGCGGAGAAAGCGAAUCGAGAAGUUUCCGGUGGUGAUGAUCCAAUGUUUCUGGAUCAUAAAGGGGCUCAGAGCGGCGGUUCCAGGAAGCGCCGUGAUGUUCCUGAGGAUGAAUCUGCCAUGGCUGUUUCGACUAGCUCUGGCAAUGGCAUGAAUGAUUGUGAUGGUAAACGCAUUAAGACAGGGGGAUCUAGAGAUGAAUAUGGUGAUUCCAAAGCUGAAGCAGAAGCAAAUUCAAGCAAGCCAGUGGAGCAGAAUACAAAACCACCAGAGCCACCACCGAAGCAAGAUUACAUCCACGUGCGAGCAAGAAGAGGCCAAGCUACCGAUAGCCACAGUCUAGCAGAAAGGGCUAGGAGAGAAAAGAUAAGUGAGAGAAUGAAAAUUCUACAAGAUCUAGUCCCCGGUUGUAAUAAGGUCAUUGGCAAGGCAUUGGUCCUUGAUGAGAUAAUUAAUUACAUCCAAUCACUACAGAGUCAGGUUGAGUUCUUGUCAAUGAAGCUUGAAGCAGUAAAUUCAAGAAUGAACCCUGACAUAGAAGGAUUUCCACCCAAAGAUUAUGGUCAACAAACAUUUGACGCUGGUGGCGUGGCGUUUGGUUCACAAGCUACAAAGGACUAUGACCGGGGAUUAUCACCAGAAUGGUUACAUAUGCAGAUUGGUGGUGGCUUUUAAAGAAGGAUGAAUGACAUAUUUUAGAUACAAUCUUCAUCGAUUGAAAAUAAGAGCAUUACGAAGUCAUGCUUCGCCCUUUAGUUCACCAAAAGAUAUACCCCAUUCAUCAUGAAUCAGAGAAAUUCCUCAUUUCUUUUUCUACAUCGGAGCACAGUGGAGCUGUGGUUACUCUUUCAGGACAAUUGAAAUACAGAUAUAAACAUCUCCAUUUCUUUGGGUGUCAGAAAAUGAAUUUUAUUUUUAUAUAUUUGAUAGCAUGUUUCAUUUUCUCUGUUCCAAUAUCUAAACAAACUUUCUUAAGAGACUGUGUUAUACUUGUAGAAUUGCCUAUUUGGAAUCAGCAUUGGGUGUAUUAAGAAGCUGAAGGUUCAUGAAAUAAGCAAUUUAUUAUUUUCUUUUCA